AUGAAACUUUACAUCCUUGUUCUGCUGUUGGGUUUGAGUGCUCAAGUUUUGGCUGGUCAUCUGGGUGGGGCUGCUUGGCAAGGAGCUUCCAGUGGUUGGCAACAUGGUGGCCAAGGAGCAUGGUCUUCUAAUGCUGGAUCUGGAGGAGGUUGGACCCAAAAUCAUGGCAACGAUGGAUGGUCCAGUGGUGGUGCUAGCGUUGCUGCUACUCCUGUCAAAGUGGUAAAAAUCAUUUCUUUGGAUGAUGCUGGUCAUGGUGGUUGGAAUGGGGGUAAUAGUGGCUGGUCUUCAAAUGCUGGCAAUGACGGUUGGAAAACUGGUGGUGGAAGCACAGCUGCUUGGUCUUCCACGACCAGUACAGUUUGGCCCGACUCUAGCAGCGGCAGCAAAGGUUGGUCUUCGACCAGUGCUUGGCCAUCUGCAGGUGGAGAUAGUGGACCAGGAGCUGUUUGGAACAAGAGACCCAAUGAUGCAUCAGCUUGGAAAGCUGGAGGUGGAAACUCUGGAUGGUAUCAAGGCGGUAAUGGUGCUGCCUGGACUCAAGAGGCCAAUGAUGCAGCUGCUUGGAAAACCGAAGCUGGAAAUGAUGGUUGGUCUCAAGCUGGUAAUGCUGGUGCUUGGAAAUCCGAUGGAGGGAAUGCUGGAUGGUCUCAGGGUAGCAGCUCUGGUAUUUUGAAGGCAGAUAAUGGAAACGCUGGCUGGUCUUCUGGUGGCAAUAAAGGCUGGUCGUCAGGUGGUAAUCAAGCCUGGAAAUGGUAG